CGAAGGGGUAUGAUGUGGAAGAGGGGGCAGCAAAGGAAGGCGAAUAGUUGCCUCGAUGAUACCACCUCUCUCAGUUGCUCCUCGGUUUCCGGACUGCGUGGACUGGCAGAAAAUGCGUACCGUGGCCGUAUGGACCGCCUUCGUGUUAGCGUAUUCAAGCAGCCCUUUCGUGGCCGGUAUACGAUACAUCGAUUCGAUCUCGGCGCAAUCGGGGAACACCGGCGACAUCGCCGAGAAGCACGUUGGCCUGACCGAGCCGACAUGCGACGAAUUGAGGGCAAUGUGGAGGUACACCAAACGUCAAAGCAGAGCUGCUAAAACCAGUACCGGAUACCCUCUUUAUCACGAUCCAUUUUCGUAUAACGACUGGAAGUCAUAUUCUGAACGCUCCAAACUCUCCCUUAACUAUCGAGGAAGGUUGGCAGGAAACGCUCCAAUUUAUGGAAGGAUGGUUCAUAAAGCACCAGCGGGUAGCAGAUUAAGAAAUGGAAUGCGGCACCCACCACGACUUUACGACAAAAGCACGCGCUUUUACGGAACAAUUAAUUCUUAUCCACCAUCGCCAAGACGAAAAUUAAUGGACAACUUCCGUAUGGUCGGUGGUGGUUUCCAUCGUAUGUCACAAGUCCCUCAAGCUGGCAGAUUUCAGUAUUUGAAGGAAUUACUUCACAAUGAACGCGCUCGUGAACUACAGAAACAACACAGAGUUGAAAAUCUCGCAGAAAAGACAUCAACUUUAAAAGAUUCCAUAAAUGAUGAGCAUCCUUUUGAUAUUCAACAACCUCGAAAACAAUUUUCGAAGUCGGCACUACAAAUCCCAACGAAAAUUAAUUAUGAAUUUGGUCAGGGACGAUAUACAUCGAAUGUGCCGAACAAUGGUCAAGUCUGGUCGAGGAGUGGAUUUCAGUCCCGCGAAUACUUAUCGCGUUAGUAUCUCAACGGACUGCCGAUGUCUCCCAAAUAAGGAACCUAUUCUAUGGAUUAACGUAUCCGUUUUUUCGAUACGUUUGCACGCAACAGGACACAAAAGAUUUGCAUCUGCUUUUCUGACAUUUCUCGUCAUCCGAAAAUUUGCGUAAGCCAAAUUCUUGUGUUUAUGGCAGUGAGUAUCGUCCCUUUGCGGACUGAUCUUUCGUUGUCCUCCUCCGUCGUCCUCGAAAAUUGUCCUUAAGACUUUCGUUGUCUUACAUUUGAAUCUCAAACCGCGAUAUCUGCGUUAUCUUGAUUCAUCCAACAUG